CCAAGCAUAUAUCAUCAGCAAAGCAAAUACCAGUGACAGAGAGAGAGAGAGAGAGAGAGAGAGAGAGAGAGAGAUGGAGGUUGCUCAAGUGCUUCACAUGAACGGAGGAAAUGGAGAAGUUAGUUACGCAACCAAUUCACUGGUUCAGAGAAUGGCGAUUUCAGUGACAAAGCCAAUAACAGACGAAGCCAUGGUUGAGCUCUGCAGCGGAAUCGCCGAGAAGACUCUCUCCAUCGCAGACCUGGGUUGCUCUUCUGGACCAAACACUCUAAUGGUGGUCUCUGAACUUGUGGAAACCGCUGUCAAGAGCUGCAAUAAACUGGACAAAAAGACCCCAGAAUUUCAACUCUACUUGAAUGAUCUCCCCGGCAACGAUUUCAACUCCAUUUUCAAGUCUCUGCCCAAAUUCCAAACCAAAUUGAAAAAGAAAACGGGGCUCGGCUUUAGCUCAUGUUUCCUGACUGCAGUCCCUGGUUCAUUCUAUGGCAGGCUCUUCCCAACCAAGAGUCUCCAUUUUGUCCACUCUUCCUACAGUCUCAUGUGGCUUUCUCAGGUCCCCAAGGGAAUAGAAAACAACAAAGGCAACAUUUAUAUGUCAGAAACUAGCCCGGCCAACGUUCUCCCAGCGUACCAUAGGCAAUUUCAGAGAGACUUUUCGCUGUUUUUGAAGUGUCGUUCGGAGGAACUGGUCCCCGGCGGCCGUAUGGUUUUAACCAUUUUAGGAAGGAAAAGCGAUGAUCGUUCAAGCAAAGAGUGUUGUAAGAUCUGGGACCUUCUGGCCAUGGCCCUCAAUGAAAUGGUUGCAGAGGGGCUGAUAGAAGAAGAGAAGAUGGAUUCAUUCAACAUCCCUCAAUACUCACCGUCGCCGGCAGAAGUGAAAAGCGAGGUGGAAAAGGACGGCUCAUUCACCAUCAACCACUUGGAGGUUUCGACCGUCAGCUGGUUCGCUUGUGGGGCCAAACUCUACGGCCUCUCCGACGGCGAUGAGUCCGAACGCGGAGGCUACAACGUGGCCAAGUGCAUGCGAGCCGUGGCGGAGGGCUUGCUGGCCAGCCACUUCGGCGACGCCAUCAUCGACGAGGCGUUCCAGAGGUACCGGAAAAACCUCGUCGAUUGUAUGGCCAAGGAGACGACGGAGUUUUACAACGUCACUGUUUCCUUGACAAGGAAAUAGAGAAUUAUAUAUACAUAUAUGUAUGUGGAGGUUAUUUAGGUACGUUAAAUGGCUUUCUGUGCUUGUUUGGUCGGAAGAUAUGUAUGGCCAUAAAUAAAGGGGUGAGAAAUGAAAAGAACAAAUUGAAACAGCGAUUUGAGAUAAAGUUAGUGAAUCUAUAUAUAUGUUCUUCAGAUAAUUUGUACGCAACUUGUCGGCGCUUGCUAUUUAAGUAAGUUGAUACAAAUUGCCCCAUAUAUCUCCUUAAUUCGGAAGUCUCCUGACUAGAUUUUCUA